AUGGAUCCCACGAAUCUAUGUUCACUGUGUGGUUUCACGACAAGGAAUUAUGCAGAGUUUCGAGAGCAUUUGGGUCUUCACUUUGGAAUCACGGCUCGACAACUCCUCAAAUGUCCAAAAUGUUCAUUCCAGGAUCAUUCUAAAGUUCGAUUCGACAUUCACAUGAGAGUUCAUAACCAUGAGACAAUCUUCAAGUGUGAGAUCUGUAACCGUCAUUUUGCCCAUUUGACCUCAUUCCGCCGACACAAACUUCGACACGAUGAGAAAUCGUUGCUUUGUGAAAUCUGCCCAUUAAAGUUUUUCACCAUGCAGGAGCGAGCAUCUCAUCUCAUUCAACAUUACAACCAACAGAACGAAUUUGAGUGUUUGGUCAAGUCGUGUAAUGAAAAGUUUCCCAAAUUCUCAGGUCUAAAGGAUCACUUGAAAAAUUAUCAUAAAGUCUCCGGGCGGAACAAGAUGCCUUGCAAGACUUGUGAUCACGAACUUCCAAGUAUCAAAAGUCUCCUGUAUCACGUUCAAACAGCGCAUUUUGGCCCAAAAGUGACAGAUGUUGUACUAAUGGAUCCCGAUGCUUCUGAUUCUCAGCCAUCGAUCACACCUGCGCCUGACCUACCUUUGUCUACUGGAUCGUCAAUCAUCAACACUCCAAAUUCUACAGCUAUUCAGUCUCCUCAACUGCAACAUACCGUUCCAACGAUUACGAAUCUAUUAUCGAGAUCUCAUAACACCGCGUCUAGAAACUCCGUCAUCGUGAAAAACUCUAAUUAUAUUGAGCUGCCAACACCAGAGCCAUUGAGAACUGUGGCGCUUAAUGGAGAGACUUCAACAAAUAUCCUUGCUCCCAAUUCCCUAUUGAUUUGUCAACACUGUGAUAUCGCCCUUUUGAACGAGACCCAAUUCCUGAACCACACUCUUCUUCAUACCGCCGGUCAUCCAUUGAAAUGCAGCAUCUGUCAGAUUGCAUGGGUGAACAAAAUCUAUUUCGGAGUUCAUUCUAUGCUUUUCCAUACUGUGUAG